CGGAUUAGGUGUUGGGACUUGGACGAAAAGUCCCCUACCACUUAAACACUGGUAAUUAAAAUAAGGUAUUCGUAUGUAUGUACAUACGGAGUACAGAACCAGGUACGAAUACUUAAACGGUAGGUAUUCCAUAGCGAACUAACGUUAAUCCAUAAUGCCUGUGCCAGGUAUCCACCAUAGAUCCAUCAUAUUUCAAAGAGACCAGAAGUCCAACGGAAUUGACCAUGCCUCUCAUCAUCGUCACGGGCCUUCCGACAUCGGGCAAGUCGACGCGCGCCGAACAGCUGCACACCUACCUGGCCGAGCGCAUCGCCGCCCACAACGACAAGACCAAGUACCGGCUCCACCUAAUAUCCGACGAAACCCAGAGCAUCUCGCGGGCCGUCUACGACCUGUCGCCGACCCAGCUGCCGGCCCACGUGCGGUCCGCCAAUGCCUCGGAGAAGGACGCCCGCGCCGCCGUCUACGCCGCCGUCAAGCGCGUGCUGUCGCCCCGGGACAUAGUCGUGCUCGACGGUCUCAACUACAUCAAGGGCUGGCGCUACCAGCUGUUCUGCGAGGCCAAGAACAUGAGCACCCCGAGUGCCGUGCUGCAGGUUGGCUGCGCUGUCGACCGCGCACGCGCUGUCAACGAGGCCCGCCUGGAGAGGAGGAAGCAGUACCAGGAGGACCAGAAGCAAGAAGAGCCAGCACAGGCAGAAACUGAAAAAUCCAAGGACGUCGAGCCCUACGAACCCGCUAACUGGGAUAACCUCGUGUUCCGGUACGAGGAGCCCAACCCCAUGACGCGCUGGGACAGCCCGCUGUUCACGCUCAUCUGGGAGGACGACGCGGAACAGACGCGCCAGGUCUUCGGCCAGAUCUGGGACGCCGUGGCGGGCGAGGCCAAGAAGGUCGUGCGGCCGAACCAGUCGACGGUGCAGCGCGACAAGGACCCCGGCGGCGACUACCUGUACGUGCUGGAGCGGGAGACGCAGGACAUUGUCAAGAAGAUCCUCGAGAAGCAGCAGGAGUACUCGGACGGCGGCGGCGGCGAAGUCCGCAUCCCACGGGCCGCCGCCGCGGCUGGUGUCGCCGACGACGACCUGGUGGUGGAGCUCCCCGGGUCCAAGGUCGGGCUGCCGCAGCUGCAGCGGCACCGCCGCGCGUUUGUCGCCCUCAACCGCGGCGGCAUCGGCCUAGAGGCCGUCGGCAAGCUCAUGACGAGCCGCCUGCGCGAGAGCUUCGUGGGCUACCUCAACGACGCCUUCGAGAAGGACGGGUAGCGGCGAGAUAAAAACGAAGAACUUGUAGCCUUCUGAGACGAUUCUAUGCAUCACGACAUGAUGCUUCCAAUCCGCGAGAAACGCUCUGGGACUAACAGAGUGGAGAGAAAGGCACACUGCUGUCGGACCAUGUGCCGCGCAAACCUUUCAUGCGCUGAUGCU